GGCUGGGGGAGCGCCCUGCGCCGGACCCAAGCUGCCCCGCACCCGGGCAGAGCCGCCGGGGCAGCCGGGACGGGCUGCGGCUCUCCUUCGGAGCGGGAGCGGUGGUCCCUGUAUCCCGGGUUUCCCUCGGGAGCCGGAGAAGCCGUCCCUGCAUCCCGGCUUUUGGGCUUGGGAGCGGUGGUCCCUGCAUCCCGGCUUUUGGGCUUGGGAGCAGUGGUCCCUGCAUCCCGGCUUUUGGGCUUGGGAGCAGUGGUCCCUGCAUCCCGGCUUUUGGGCUCGGGAGCCGGAGCGGUGGUCCCUGUAUCCCGGGUUUCCCUCGGGAACGGGAGCAGCCGGCCCAGCAUCCCGGGUUUCCCUCCGGAUCAGGAGCAGCCGGUCCCUGCAUCCCGGCUUUCCCUCGGGAUCGUAAACAGCGGUCCCUGCAUCCCGGCUUUCCCUCGGGAGCAGCCGGUCCCGCAUCCCGGGUCUGCCGGCCGGGGCAGAGGAGCAGUCCCGCAAACAUGCGUUUCGCGCUGCUCCUGUCCUGGUGCUGCUGCCUGCACGGAUGCGCCCUCGGCACCGGUUUCCUCUAUCAAUUCCCAGCAUCGACCCUGCAGCACAACUACCCGGAGCAGAGCUCGGGCUCGCCGGGCAGCGGCUUCGCCUCUCGCCGGCAUUGGUGUCACUACACAGUUACACGGACAGUUUCCUGCCAAGUGCAGAAUGGGUCAGAAACGGUGAUCCAGCGAGUUUAUCAGAGCUGCCGGUGGCCAGGACCUUGUGCCAACUUAGUGAGUUACAGGACUCUCAUCAGGCCCACGUACAAAAUGUCUUACCGAACCGUGACCACGCUGGAGUGGAGGUGCUGUCCUGGCUUCACGGGGAGCAACUGCGAAGAGGAAUGCAUGAACUGCACGAGGCUGGCGGAUAUGACUGAGAGGCUGAACACUCUCGAGGCCAAGAUCCUUCUGCUCGAGGCUGCGGAGCGGAGCCCAUCAUUGGAAAACAACCUGCCGAUUGCUGGGACGACAGCCACGUGGGAUGAUGAGUUGCUACCGGAUGCCUUUCCCCUGCUGAAUCCCGGGACUGUCCUGAGGAAAGCAGUGGGAUCUGUCGAGCCUAAAGGACACAGAGGUGCAGAGGAGCAGCUGAUACCACAGGGGCUGCCAGGACAGGUUGGUCCUCCAGGCCCAGUUGGACCAACUGGUCUUCCAGGACCACCAGGGCCAAAAGGAGACAGGGGACAACCCGGUGAGAGGGGCCCGGCAGGGCCACCAGGGCUGUUGGGACCUCAAGGACCAAGGGGACUUCCAGGAGAAACUGGGAUCCCAGGUCCUCCAGGUCCUCCAGGGCCACCAGCUGCCCCAAGCCUUCCUCUUACCUUUCAACAAGGGGUUCUCUACUCACUCCAGCCCACAGCUGAAAAAGAAAAUGGAGAACCGCAACUGGCCUCCACUGUCAUCGACACCGUCAUGGCCGGCCUGCCAGGACCACGGGGAGCCCCAGGACCCGUCGGGCCACCAGGGCCACCAGGUGCGUCAGGACCAAAAGGGCCACCAGGACCUGUUGGAAUCCCUGGAUCACAAGGCUUACCAGGCUCUCCAGGACAACCCGGACCAAAAGGCUCCAAAGGAGACCGAGGAGAGAGAGGGCAAGCAGGGCUGCCUGGAGAGAGAGGCAUUAAGGGAUUGCCUGGUGAACCAGGCAAGAAGGGUGAGGAAGGUGACAAAAGUGCUGAUGGGGAAGGUGUUCAACAGCUUCGAGAAGCUCUGAAGAUUUUAGCUGAAAGGGUAUUAAUUCUUGAGCACAUGAUAGGAAUUCACGACUCUUUAUCUUCCGUUGAGCCAGGCUCUGGACAAGAUGUGAUCCCAGGCUCCCCUCUGCGAACCAGCAUCAAGAUCAAACGUGGAGGACCCCCGCAGACUCAGGCCUACCAGAUCCUCUCUUCACUGCUGGACGACAGUGAAGCCAAAAGGAGAAGCAAUCGGAUGAAGAACAGGCCAUAAGGAUCAGCUCCAGAUCCUUGGCUGGCCCGGAGCGGUGCUGCCGGCGGAGCGGAGCAGGCGGCUCACGAGCGGCUUUCUGAGAGUUCGGCCCUGGGAUUGGGGUUCGCUCCCAGUCUCUGCAAUGAACGAUUUUAACCUGACCACUGUGACAAAGGCUUCUAAGAGACAAUCAGCUUUGGGAAUCACUGCUCAAUAGAGCUCAUUUGGAAUCCAUUCUCCUCCGUGUUUACAGCCUCUGGUUUACUCGAGAUUACAUUCCAUUUGGGGUUUGAGGGUACAGGGGUUUAAAUUACUCGCAGUUUCUGUGAUUGCAUUGGAACCGAGCAAUGCAAAGGUGCUAUAAUUGUCCACAAAGCACAUUCCCAUCCAUACAGGGAAAUGGUAACUUUUCCACUAGUUAUUUUACACAGUAUUUUUUUAUUUAUAUUGGUGUGUUUCAUGUGUGUGCAAAAGGUCCCGGCUUCUCUCAUUGUAACGAGCUUUACAACCGUUUGGUCUUUUAUAGGGCGGCCGUAUGCCAUACCUUGCAAUCGUGUAAUUUCUUAUCUUAGAGCAAGAACAAAUCUCACCUGACACGAUGAACUCGUUCAUGGCAGGCUCUAACGUUUGUUGUAAACACAACCUGUUUGUGCCACCUCUUGCAUGGUUAGUUAUCUGUUUUCAUAUCGCUAUGUUAUUGUUCAAAAUAUCUAUUGCUCUUUAUUUCCUAUGGGGUUUUUUACUGUAUAUGGAACGUUUUGUAUUCAGCGUUUUCUUACAGAGCAGAGUGGGAACAGUAUUCAAGAACCCACAAAUACCAAAGACUUUCAUGUAAUGCACUGAGAAAUAAACAUGCUGUAACG